AUGAAUGGGGCAGAUGCACAUAAGAGGAAGAGAAUUGUCAUCAUUAGCGUCUCUACCUUCUUACUUGUGGCUAUGGUCGUGGCCGUGACAGUUGGUGUCAACUUCACUAGUAAUGGUUCCAAUGAUGAUGAUCAAAAGAACAAUGAGAAGAAGAACCAUGUAUAUUCCACCGUAAAAGCAGUCAAAACCCUUUGCCAACCCACCGAUUACAAGAAAGAAUGUGAGGAAAGCCUUAAAGCAGAGGCUGGGAACACCACUGACCCAAGAGAACUCAUUAAAAUUGCCUUCAAUGCAACCAUUACGAAAAUCAGUAACGGACUCAAGAAAACCGAUCUCUUGCACGAGGUUGAGAAGGAACCUAGAGCCAAAAUGGCACUUGACACGUGCAAACAACUCAUGGAUCUUUCAAUAGAGGAAUUCACGAGGUCACUUGAGAGAAUGGGAAAUUUUGAUCUCAACAAUCUCGAUAACAUUCUCACGAGUUUAAAGGUUUGGCUCAGCGGUGCAGUGACUUACCAAGAGACUUGCUUGGAUGGUUUUGAUAACACCACAAGCGAAGCUGGUAAGAAGAUGAAGAACAUUUUAACGAGUACCAUGCACAUGAGUAGCAAUGCUCUCGCCAUCAUUUCAGAACUCGCGAAAACUGUGUCGGAAAUGAAUUUGACAAGAUCAGAUGGUCGUCGUUUGAUUCAGGAUUCUGUGGAUGAUCAACAAGUUCUUGAUCACGAUGAGAUUGAGCUAAUUCCCUCAUGGGCUGAUAAUGAUGGUGCUGGUGUUCGUAGACUCCUUCACACAAGUCCACGCAAACUCAAGGCUCAUGUGGUUGUAGCCAAAGAUGGCAGCGGAAAGUUCAAGACCAUCAACAAGGCAUUGAAGCUGGUGCCCAAGAAGAACAAAAAGCCAUUCGUGAUCUACAUCAAGGAGGGUGUUUAUCAUGAGUAUGUUGAAGUUACCAGGGAAAUGACACACGUGGUGUUUGUCGGCGAUGGUCGCAGAAAGACACGAAUCACUGGCAAGAAGAACUUCAUAGAUGGGUUUAACACUUACAGAACCCCCACAGUUGCUAUUCAAGGAGAUUACUUUGUGGCCAUCAAUAUGGGGUUUGAGAAUUCUGCUGGCCCCCACAAGCAUCAAGCAGUAGCUAUAAGGGUCCAAGCAGACAAGUCCAUAUUCUACAAAUGCGCAAUGGAUGGGUAUCAGGACACACUGUAUGUUCACGCCAUGCGCCAGUUCUAUAGGGAAUGUACCAUUUCAGGUACCAUAGACUUCAUCUUUGGUGAUGCAGUGGCUGUUUUCCAAAACUGCACUUUUGUGGUCCGAAAGCCAAUGCAAAACCAGCAAUGCAUUGUGACCGCACAAGGGAGGAAGGAGAGGCACGAACCAACAGGAAUAGUGAUCCAAGGUGGUUCCAUUGUGUCGAACCGUGGAGUGAAGUUUGACAGCAAGGCCUAUCUAGCACGUCCAUGGAAAAAUUACUCAAGGACCAUCUUCAUGGACACCUACAUUGAGGAUUUGAUUCAACAAGACGGUUAUAUGCCAUGGCAAGGACCAGAGGGUCUUUCUGGUACGGACACUUGCUUCUAUGCAGAGUAUAACAACACUGGCCCUGGUUCAAACAAAUCCAAGCGUGUAAAAUGGCCUGGGAUCAAGGCCCUCACAUCAAAAUCCGCACGUGGUUUCUUACCAUCCACGUUCUUUAAUGGUGAUGAUUGGAUUAAGGUUACUAGGAUUCCAUACUCUUCUGGCGAGGCCUCUCCCAAGCACUAG